UACUUUGGUUUUUACAGUCAGUCUGUUUUCUGAACUCUGCUAGUAUGUUGGAUUUUGUAUCGAGGACGGGUUUCCUGAGUUGAAUUUUCUUUUCAAUAAAAGUUUGUGGGUGAAAAGAGUUUUGUGUUGUGAGUGACAUUGCAUUGUAUUGUGAUUAUUGUGUAAAAUUUCAGCCAAUGUUCUUCAUAUCAACCCUUGGACUGAUUAGUGUUUAAUUUGAAGAGUUCGAAAUUACACAAGAAAUUCUUUAACAGCUUUUCUAUAUUUUUCAGUCUCAGCCUAUAAAAUCAUUUGAAAAUAUCGAAAUCUAUGUUGCCGAAAAUGGAUGAGCAACGAGGUCAGCAAUUACUGCAGCAGCAGCCUGAUAUACAAAAACAGGGGCAACAUCCCCCCCAGUCACCAACCACGCCUUCCUGGAGUAUCGCUGAUAAAAUAGUAAAAGAUGAAUUGUCUGAUGAAAAAAAUGAUGAUUCUGGUGUUUCACCCGGACACUAUACGAGCAAUUCCGCAUCUCCAAGAAGCAGAAGGUCGUCUUCAGUGAUGAACUGCAGUCUUUCGCCUGGAAGUUCCAUUUCAGAUUCGCAAAGCAUGCAGUGUACACCUUACGACUAUAGUCCGAGUUCAUAUAAGCUUGACAAUUCACCGUUGACCUUUGGACGUAUAAAUUCAAUAGAUGAAGAUACACUUGGAAUGAAGAACGACCAUCAGGAAGUAGACGGACCUUCUACUAGUAAACAACAACUUUUUUGCAAUUAUCAAUGUCCCCUUUGCAUUUUUACUACUACAAAUAGAUUAACUUUUACUCAGCAUUUAAUGGUUCAUUAUACACCGAGUGAUAAUUCUGGAUACGAUAGAGCUAUCAUGGAGCAAGAUGGCAGGAUAUCUCCAACCAUGUCAGGAGAUAGGUCAGAGUACGAAUAUGAAGAUUUUGAAGAUAUUAAUGUGCCACGCAUUAACUCUCAGGGCAAGGUGAAAACUCACAAAUGCAGACAGUGUAGCUAUGUGUCUAUUACAAAGUUGGAUUUUUGGCAACACAAUCGCAGACAUAUCAAGAUUGACAAAUUGUUAACUUGCCCUAAAUGUCCAUUCGUUACGGAAUAUAAACAUCACCUUGAAUAUCAUCUUCGAAAUCACUUUGGGUCGAAGCCUUUCAAAUGCACCAAGUGUCCAUACUCAUGUGUCAAUAAGUCGAUGCUCAAUAGCCAUCUUAAAUCACACUCCAAUGUUUAUCAAUACAGAUGUGCCAAUUGCUCUUAUGCCACCAAAUACUGUCAUUCGUUGAAGCUUCAUUUAAGAAAAUAUAAUCAUCAACCUGCAAUGGUUUUAAACGCCGAUGGAUCUCCAAAUCCGCUGCCUAUUAUCGACGUUUAUGGAACUCGAAGAGGACCAAAACCUAAGCCAGUGAAGACAAAAGAAGAGAGUCAAUACAGCGUGCAGAAUCAGUUAAACAAUAAUUUAUUGAGUACGAUUUCACCACCAAUUGUUGCUUCGCAAAUGAUGAUGCCAACAUCAAUGCCGCCAAUGGGAACUGCAAUGAAUAUGUCCGUUUUAAACAGCGGAUCAAAUGGAAUGAAUAAUCUUGUGCCAAAUCAUGCUAAUGUGCUAAAUGCAUUGUCAUCUUAUAAUCAACUGCUUGCUGCUGGUUAUCCGAUGCCGAAUUCUAUUUUUAACGAGAAUAUUGCGGAGAAUGCAUUGAAACUUCAAGCGUACUUUGAAUACACCAGAUCUAUGAAUAAUGAGAAAAUUCUCGAAGACUCACUGCUGAAGAGCAUUUCUACAGGAACAAUUCCUUUAAAUAAUAUCUCUUGUCCCGAGAAAAAAGAUAUGGAUUCUAUUGUCGAAAAAUGCGAAUCAGUUCCUGAAAAUUGUUACAUUGAUAAAAAGUAUGAAAGUUCUAAAGAAGAGGAACAUUUUGUGCAACAGCAGAAUGUGAAUAAUUUAAAGAAAACAGGCACUAGUCGACGUAAAGGAAAAGCUGUGAAAUUAGAUAAACAUAUCUUGGAAAAAGAUUCUGAUGAAGAGCAGGACUACGAAACAUCUUACAAUAAACCAGCGUCAACUAUGCCUAAUAAUUCCGAUUCCAAAGAUAAAUCUGAAAAUGCAGAUCAGUUCGCAUGUCAAUACUGUGAGAUUUCUUUUGGAAAUGACGUCAUGUACACUGUUCACAUGGGUUACCAUGGAUAUCAAAAUCCUUUCACUUGUAACAUGUGUGGGCAUCAGUGUUCAGAUAAGGUGUCAUUCUUUCUUCACAUUGCUAAGUCAAAGCAUUGAGCAAGUGACAUAAUUAGCGACAUUUCUUUUUCUCUUGAAAUUAGCAGUGUAAUGAUGAAAGCAACUUACACUUGGUAGAAAUUAUUUUUCUAUUAUAAGCGAAGUAACUUAAGUAAAUUAAGCGCCUUACGAUUAUAAUCCUAAAUGUAUUUUAGUCUUCAGUGUUCAAGUUAUUCUGUUAUUAUCAGCGAAUAAUAUUGAUUAGAAAAAUUAAGAAUUGCGGUUUAGGCCAUCAUAUAUAUAUAUAUAUAUUUAUUUAUUUAUAUAUACUUGGUUGCUUUUGCGAAAUAUUUCGAGCCAAAAACUUGUGGUUGUGAAUUAGAAAGAAAUUGUAUAAAUGCCUCAGGGUCAUAUAAAAGAUAAACUGCCUUUGUAUAGUUACGAUCAAAAGUACUUAGUAACAACUUUAAAGUAAGAUUUUACAGUUUACUGGUACUUUUGAUUUCACAAGAAUUAAUAUUUUUAGAUUAUUUCCAAGCCGUACAAAAGUAUAAAACUGGGCUUGACUAACUACCUCAGAAAAUCAUACAUUUUCUAGAUCUAUAAACAUCAUAUUUUUGUAACACAUUUGUUAGAACAGUACAAAACUAUAGGAUAAUCGUAAGUCUAAUAUUAAUAUUUUUCAUAUUCCAAAGAGGCUUCUUUAAAAAGUAUUAUUAUAAAGAGUGAUUAUAGACGAGUAGAUUUCUUUAAAUUAAUUGUUGUAAAAACAAUAAGUCAAAUUAAAUUUCAUAACUAUGCAAAAAUGUAUAAUAUUAUUCAGAUGCAAUUUAAUUUUUAUACAGAAUAAUUUAAUUUAUUGUAAGAUAAAUAUUGUAGAAAAGCAUAUAUAAGUGUUUAAAUGAAAUAUUGCAAAAAGUGAUGUCCAUUUGUCAAUUAUUGGAAAUAUUAUUUUCUACUGAAAAUAAUUGUCUCUUUUCAAUUAAUUGAUAGUUUGUAUUAUAUAAAAUAUCAUUAAUCUAUCAUAAAAUAUAUAUAUUAUCAUUAUAUUGAAGGCAAAAAAUCAAAAAUUUUCAAUAAAUAUGGAAUCUAAAAUGUACAAGUUUUUUUAUAGACUUGUUUCUAUUUCCAAUGGCAUUAUAUUUAUGUUUACAAUUAUACCUUUAUACAUUAAGAGUUGUAUUAUUCAUAAUUUAUGUAAUCAGAUUCAGAUAUUUAAGCCUACGAAGUACUCAACAUUCCUAUUCUGUGUAAUAUAACAUGUAAUACAUUUAAAUAUUACUUGUAACACCAAUUAAUAAAUUAUUUACAAAUAAA